UGUUACUUGCCAGAGGUCAGCCCUAGACCACGUGACUGCCAGAGGUCAGUCCUAGACCACGUGACUGCCAGAGACUAGACCACGUGACUGCCAGAGACUAGACCACGUGACUGCCAGAGGUCAGCCCUAGACCACGUGACCGCCAGAGGUCAGCCCUAGACCACGUGACCACCAGUGUUGAGAUGAAGAAAUCUAAGCACAUCAACAUUGAACAGAUCACGCUAGACAAGAUCAACGCCACGUGGGACGACAACAUCAAACGGCGUCACGAUCUGAAGAACGUGCGAUUUGAUUGGACGUUUUUGCACGUGACAUACACCCCCGUCAAGUACAUCAAACAAAGCGCCCCACAGCUGCCGACCUCCAAUGUCCUGUACACGGCCUACAUCAGCAACAAAUGUCCUGAGAUGAAGCACUUCUGUGUGAGGACCAAGAGGACCACCAUAUCCACGUGUGUGCUCACGUACGGGGACUACCUCUCGUACAACAACGAGAUCUCGGCGCCCAAUGAACCGCCUGGUGGUGACAUCAUAUCGGCUGCUUUCAAGACAGAGAAAACACAGCAGCAAGGUAACAAGGUAAUCAGCGAGCAGGAAAUGACCUGGGCUAUUGACACCACCGUCGCCAUCCCGCCCUACAACUGGAGCAAGGUGGACAUGACCAUAUUAGAGGAGAGCUUUAACGGCCGUUUUGAAACGACUGCCACUUUUGAGGGGAUGGUGCAAGCCUGGGUGAAGAAGACCAAAGACAGAAAGAGAUACCACUUCACCAGCAAGGGCAUGAUCGAGGAGCGACCCCUGCUGCCCGUGGAGGACGGCGGUGAGACCCCCGUCGAGUUCUCCGUGGAGGAGCUGCUGACCCCCGAUCUUGGGUUCACCCUGGUCAAGAAGAAGCCGACGUUCCUGAUCAAGGGCGAGUGUAAGUGUCGUUACGGCGUGGAGCAGGAGGUCGUCGUGACGGAGUUCGACUCGCCGUUCCUCAUGUCUGGAAAGUGUGACGUGGAGAUCACCCGCUUCUGACGUCAGACAAGCGGAUAUGGCGUCACACGGGGAUAAAACGUCAUAAGUGAUAGUAUGGCGAUCGGCAGACGCAGCUGCUUGACGUCCAACAGAGUUGCCCCGAACACCGGGUGCGUUACUGUGACGUCAACGUUGUGACGUCAGACACAUUAAGGACUAUUGAUCAUUUUAUGAUUCGCAAUUUAGGUGAUAUUAAUAAUGGUUUGUUACUGUGUAUUAUUUUAUUGUGUACCAUGUUUUUGAUGGAUAUAAAUAGUUAGUUCAAUAAUUAUUUAAUAACUAAUUAGUUCAGUAAUUAAAAAACGUCAUCAGUUAACCAAAAAAUAAAUGUGUACACACCAAACAAAUUUGGUCUGACC